ACUGCGGAAGCGAUGGGGCCAUCGCUGGGCGUACACGAGCUGCUGCACGUCUUCUCCUUCCUGGAGGCCCGAGACCUGCUCCGAGCCGCCCAGGUGGACAAGGUCUGGAAUGAGGUUUCAGGGACCAAGGAAUUGUGGAGGCAGCUGUGUCUGAGACGCUGGUCCUCCUGUAAAGACUCCCAGGUGACGCGGGGCACACAGACAUGGAAACAGUACUACCUCUGCCGAUCCGAACUGGACUUCCGAGUGGAAUCUGGGCGGCCAGAGAAGGACUUCGUCUGCAAAGCCCUGGCCGGGCACAAAGGAGGGAUAGCUAAGCUGGCCUACAUCUCACCCAACGAGUACUGCUUUGACAGGCGGGAGAAGUCUGUGGUGUGCACUGCGUCCUCAGAUGGCACUGUGCGUGCCUGGAAUCUACAUGCGGGCAUGGAGAUCUGGUCGAGCCCUCUACAGCCUGAUGCUCUGGUGAAUUUGGUGACUUACCCUCAGCUGCAGCUGGUUGUCACCGUGGACGCACAGGGACUCAUCAAAGUGUGGGAAGCAGAGAGCGGGCGGGAGUCAGCCUCCUUCUGCCUGCCUACACACUCGUCUGCAUUGGAGGCCUCUGACCAUCCAGAGGGCCCCUUCCUGCUGGCAGCCUGUGCCGACGGAACACUCUACACGCUGACGGUGCCCGGGCUGCAGCUGCUGUCCAGGGUGAGCGCGUUCCCAAACCACCCCGCCAGCCUGCUCUGCUCUCCUGACUGCCAGUGGGUGUUCACAUUGGCCCAGGACUCAGACCUGAGCCCCAAGGUGUUCCACUCGCACUCCUUGCUGUGUCCACUGGAAGACGAGCCUCCUGUCUCCACCGCUCUCCCCAUCGGGCUGACUUCCAAAGCCUGCUGGGCCCCCGAUGAGGCAGCCAGGCUGGUGGUGGUGCACAGAGAUGACAACGGCGUGCAGUGGGUGGUCACCACCUACGAGCUAGGGGCUAAGAAGUCCAGGGAUGCAAUGAACGUUCUGGUACAGCAGAUCGCAACUUUCAACCUGCCAGACACCAUGAUGCCUCCUCACCUCAUGAAGGGGCACGGCUCCCAAGUGGUGCUGCUGGUGUCGGGGUCUGAGCUGGUGCUCUUCACCAUCCACGGCCUGCAGCUGGCAGCCUUCCAGGACCAUCAGCAGUCCAUCACAUCCUUGUGUGUGGACCAGAGCCGAGUCAUCACCUCUUCUUUCGACCUCUCCUUGCGAGUCUACAUGUGGAAAAAGGGGAAUAAAUUUCCUGUCCUCAAGAGCUGCUAUCACUUGCUUGGGGGCUCCCACCGCUGGGCCAGGUUCCCCUGUACUUGAGAGCGGUGUCAUGACCUCGCUCUGCUGUGUCUGCUGUGGAUCCGAGGCCAGCCUGUGUGAAGUGAGCCCCUCUGUCAAUAACGAUGAUCUCCCUCCAGGGGCAGGGAUACCGUCCCUCCUCUGGGGAGAUGCAUGCAAACACCUGUGCUGUUGCCUUGUUCAGGUCAGCCUUCAGGGGCUUGUGCUUAGAUGUUGGCCUCAUGAAUGCGCCGUUUCUUUCUUUUUUAUCUGUCUUUAUGGAAUUCUCUAUUGCAUUCUUUAUAGCAUUACUGAGUAGUUAGAACAUCCUGUCACUGACACAAUACUGUUCUCAACUUAGCAAGCAAGUAGCACGUUUAGAAACUUCUGUGUAAGUCUUUUUAAACACUGCACUGUGCGCAUUACAAAGCUGCAUACAUCCAUUCGCUGUAUUGCACUGCUCUCGUCAUGGUAAGCAAGUAGAAACUUUGGAAUCUUCCAUUUCACAUGUGCUUUUAAACACUGCAGUACACGCAUUAUAAAAUUGUAAACAUGUCCAUCCGCUGAAGUGACACUGCUUUCACUGUGGCAGGUGAGUGGCACAUCUCAAAAACGUGUCUUAAUCAGGACUCCAGAACGAAUGGACCAAGACCUCAAAUUAUGCCCCUUCCCUGAUUUACAACACGUACCUCCAGAAAUCCUUAGUUGAGUGGUAAUUUCUUUUUGGGGAGCUUCAUCUGGCAAUAAUAAACCCAGAAAUCUUGCUUCAUGCUGUUGUUCCCUGUAAGUUCUAAGAUGUGCAACAUUUUAUCUCCUUUUUUGGCACCUUAGUGACUACUGCAAGAAAUAACCAAAACUUUCUAGGAACUUUUCAGUUUCCUAAAAUGUUGUCGUCUCUGAAUACGAAUUCUGAUUCUCCAGAGAAAAUGUGUAUUAGACAUAAAUUUACCAGCAACCCAGCAGCACUUAGGAUCUACCCAAGAGAAAUAGACCUAUGUCUACACAAAGAUGUUAGAGGAAGGUUCGUAUGUACCUAAGGAAUUAAAUUCAUCUACACCCAGACUUUAUGUGAAUCUUCACAUCUACUCAAGAGAAAUAGACACACACACACACAUCUACACAAAGACUUGCAUGGGAUGUUCUUAGCAGCUUUACUCAACCCUAAAAGGGCAGACGGUGCAAAUGCCACCUGGUAUGGAUAAAUCCACUGUGGUACAUCCAUACAGGGAAUAUUACUCAGCUAUGAGAAGGAAUGGUGCAUUGACAUACACUUGACAUGGUGAAAUGCAGAAACAUCGUGCUCCACGAAAGAAGCCAGAUGUGUAAGAUAGUACUGUAUGAUUCCCUUUGUGUAACAUCCAGGAGAGGCAAGUCUGUAGGAACAGAAGAUAAAUUAGUGGCUGCCCGGGGCUGAGAGUAGGAUGGGAUUUACUACAGAUAGGUACAACAGAUCUUUUUUAAAAUUUAUUU